AACUAUUUUAGUUAUAUUUUACAAAAAUGUUGUUGACCAAUUACAACAGUGGUGGAGUAUGGUCAGUGCGGUCAAUUCUUGUGCGACGUCGUGCAACGGAUAAUACCAUCAGAAUAUUACCAACACAACGGGAUACACAUCGUAAUCACAUGUGUCUUCUUGUUAUCUACAUGGUCACAAUUGUUAGUCAAGUGAUGACAGAUGAUCCACGAUUUGCUGAACCAAUUCCUAACGUGACAGUGGCACUGGGACGUGAUGCGAAUUUGCCGUGUGUGGUGGAGAAUUUAGGCUCGUAUAAAGUAGCAUGGAUUCAUAUAGACCGUCAAAUGAUAUUAACAAUUCACCGGCAUGUAAUAUCACGUGUGCCACGAUUUAGUGUGUCACACGACAAUGCUAAAACAUGGCUAUUACAUGUAAGCAGUGUACAACAAGAGGAUCGAGGCUACUAUAUGUGCCAAGUGAACACCAAUCCCAUGAUCAGCCAAGUUGGUUACUUACAAGUUGUUGUACCGCCGAAUAUAAUUGACUCGGACAGUACACAAUCUACGGUGGCUAUAAGGGAGAAUCAAAACAUCACACUCACAUGCCGGGCGGAUGGUUUUCCAACGCCAAAAAUAAUGUGGCGUCGUGAAGAUGGUCAAGGCAUCACUGUCGAACGGCGAAAGAAAGUUCAUGUCUACGAUGGUGAAUUAUUAAAUUUGACACGUAUAAGUCGAACAGAAAUGGGUGCAUAUUUAUGUAUUGCAACGAAUGGUGUGCCGCCAUCUGUUAGUAAACGUAUUAUUGUCGACGUCGAAUUUUCACCGAUGAUCUGGGUACCAAAUCAAUUAGUUGGAGCCCCAGCUGGUACUGAUGUCGCUAUCGAUUGCCAUACUGAGGCAUAUCCACGAGCAAUCAGCUAUUGGGUUUACGAUAAUGUCAUGAUUCUACCAACAAAGAAAUAUGGAACAGAAAUUACUGAAAAUAGCUAUCGAACACACAUGAAAUUAAUUGUACGUAACAUUCAGGCUGGUGAUUUUGGUAACUAUCGAUGUGUGUCGAAAAAUUCACUUGGUGAAACAGAAGGAUCGAUUCGACUUUAUGAAAUUCCAAUGCCAUCUACACCACCAAGACUCACGGAUAAAAAAGACGGAAUACAAUCGACAAAAAAUAUGCUCUCGGAAGAUAUGUUGCCAGCAACAUCCUCAAGUGGAACGAAUAUUGCAGGAUCUGGUUCAAAUGGUAAUCAAAAUACAAUGAUUAGUAGCAGUGGAUCUGUCGAUUCUGGAUCAAAUUCAUUAGAUACACAAAUUGAUAUAUAUCCAAAUCAAAUUGACGAGAGUAAUUCUGGUACAUCGACAACAAUUCGAAGAUACUCCAAAGUGGUAAUAAUGUUUACAUCAACAAUUGUAUGUUUUGUCUCGUCAAUUAAUUAAGAAAGAAUCCUGUG